UCAAAAAACCUAAGUCAUAAUCAUUUCAUACAAUUAAAGAUACCAACAUAACGAGGUUCAUUUUCGUCAUUGUUUUCAAAUAAUAUUGGAAUUCAAUAGAUAGAUUAAAUCAGAAUAAACGUUUCAAACAUAAUGGUGAGCAGAAUACUUGCGUAAAAUGAUGUAACGUCAUCGCAGUAUGAACUAUGGUUUUUCGGUCCGCUUGAUUGGUUCCAAAUAAGACAUAAUUGAUUCAAAAUGAUUCGGAGUAAAAAGGAAGAAAAUUUACUAAAACAUGCAUGUGGAAAUGUUUUAGAGAAUCAUUCAGAUGGAACGGUGUUAGAUAAUCAUUCAGAUGGAACGGAACAACAACAAAAUGAAAUAAAUAUCCAGAUUGCUUACGACAUGGCAGAAGAAGGAAUAAGUAACAUGAGUGAGGAAUUUACUGGUACCGAAAAAAACAGCGAAGUAGCUUCUCAGCAAGAUUUAAUACGGUCCCAUACAGAGACCCUGUCUCUUGCUACAACACUCGAUUCGACGUUAUACAAUACACCUAUGACGUCAUGUAGUGCGUUUGAUGUGUAUUUGACUGCUACGGAAGGCUCGUCAUAUUCACUUGGUGACCAGAUCGUAGGAUUUGACGAAAAAACCGUAAGUGAUUACAAGCUGUCAACCGAAAGUAAAGAUAAUACGGCUAAUGAACGUAGAGCACAAUUGCUCCGAAGUGAACCUGAUUUAAGCCACAGGGAUUUACAUUUGAUUUCGAGGUGUGGUGGAAAAGGUGGUGAACGAUUCGGAAAUAGUGGCAAAUUUUCACCGAAAAAAUCAACAGAUUCAUCUGCAUCUUCAAAGGAUGAAAAACAUGAAAUUAAAAACGAUGAGAAACAUGAAAUUAAAAAUUUGAAACCAAAUGGAUUGUUAAAAGUGCACGUUCCCGAUGAUUCACAUAGUAUGAAAAAGGGUAUAAUGGGCGGGACAAAGGCCAUUUUGAUCCAAAAGGCAAAGGACAAGUUCAUUAUGCUUAAAGUCCUGAAGGAAUUAAAGGGGAAGAAAUCUUUUCGACCUAUAGCUGAGGAAAGUGAGAAAACAACAGACCAUGAUACAGAAACGACAGACCGUGAUAAGGAAACAACAAGUGAAGAUUUCAAUUUUCUGGAACAGGUACCAGUCAGCAAAAUGCAACGACAGCAACCCGCCAAAUUUAUUAUACUUCAUUAUUCACCAUUCAAAGCUGUUUGGGAUUGGAUCGUAUUGAUAUUAGUCCUGUACACUGCAGUAUUUACUCCUUAUGUUGUCGCAUUCUUGUUAAACGAAGAUGAGACUCGGAUGAGACUAAAUCGGAACUCUUGGACUCGUUCCCAAAGUGACGAAAAUACGAAAGCCGAUCCAUUAGUGCUAAUUGAUUUGAUAGUAGAUCUAAUGUUUAUAGCUGAUAUUGUGAUAAAUUUUAGAACGACUUAUUUACAUAAUGGUGAAGUUGUGAUAGAUGCUAAGAAAAUAGCUAAAAAUUAUGUUAAAGGAUGGUUUGUGAUAGACACCAUAGCAGCCAUUCCAUUUGAUCUUUUGUUGUUUGGUUCUGGAAAUAGUCAGACAAUGACAAUAGCGGGAUUUUUAAAACUUGCUAGACUUCUACGUCUCCUCCGUGUACUGCGCAGAAUCGAACAAUUUGCCGAAUAUGGAGCUGCCGUUUUGAUGUUACUGAUGGUGUCCUUCACCCUUAUAGCACAUUGGUUAGCCUGUAUUUUCUAUGCAAUUGCGUACUUCGAACGUCCAACUCUUGUUGCUGAGAUCAGUUGGUUGGAUGUCUUGGCAAAACAAUGUAAAAGGCCGUACAUGGCUAAUGAUACACUAAGUGGGCCUACUAUCAGGUCAAAAUAUAUCACCGCUUUGUAUUUUACUUUUACGACAUUGACAAGUAUUGGAUUUGGCAACAUUGCUCCCGUUACUAACGCAGAGAAAAUAUUUGCUAUUUUUGCAAUGUUACUUGGUUCAUUACUGAGCGCUGCUAUAUUCGGUAACGUUUCCUCCAUUAUGUUACGGGUAUACCAGGGAUCUGAUGAGUUCCAUGAGAAAGUCCAGAGUAUCAAAGAAUUCAUUGGCUUUCAUCAUCUACCUAAAAACCUAGCCACCCGGUUACAAGAAUCCUUCCAACAUACAUGGUCUUACACAAACGGAAUAGAUAUGAACAAUGUUUUAAAAAGUUUUCCCGAGUGCCUACAAUCAGAUAUAUGUUUACAUCUCAACAAAAAUUUGCUGAACAACUGUCCAGCUUUUAAAGGUGCCAGUCCAGGCUGCCUACGUGCCUUAUCUAUGAAGUUCAGAACAACGCAUGCGCCACCGGGAGACACACUGAUACACCCGGGUGAUAUUCUUACUGCCAUUUACUUUAUUGCCCGGGGUUCUAUAGAGAUAAUGAAAUCAGACACUGUUAUGGCAAUUUUAGGUAAAGAUGAUAUAUUUGGAGCGGAUAUGAAUGCCGGUACGUCAGGAAAGUCAUUAUAUUUCGUCCGAGCCCUCUCUUACUGUGAUAUUAAUAAAAUAGAAAUGGAAGAUUUAAAAGAAAUUCUUCAGACAUAUCCUGAGUUUGCUGAGGAGUUCAUCAUCAAAUUCCAAGUCACCUUUGACCUCAAAAGAGGAACACUUCUAGAACGAAAAUACAAAUCAAAGAUGGAAGAUGAAACGUUACGAUUUAUUCGCCAAAAGCGUCCAAGAUUACAAUGCAAGCGUAGGAAUGCUGAGGACUCGGUAGGAAGGACAAACUUACGACAACGUAGAAGUGAUCGAGCAAUUCGUCAUAGAGUUAGUGUUGUCGAUCAUUCCGGAAGUGAGGAUGAGGGUCCCGGCAUCCUCGAGUUUUCAACGGAAGCAGCUACAGAGUGUGUUGACAUAGAGGACGAUACUGAAAAUAUAGAUAAAAAUUUAGACAGAAAAAAUUCAAUGCAAUCAAUAGCAGGGGCAAUGACAAAUUUCUUCAGUGUGGUAACCGGGAAAGUGAUGAAAGAAAGGAAAUUAAAAGAACAGAAACCAUUUCUGUCAAGGUCGCAGGGAUUGCCUCGUUAUGAAGUUAAUACAAAUGGACUUGCCCCACAACAUGGGUUAUCGCCAAUAGAAUCUAGCGCCUCCUAUACUCCGAAAUCAUUAUCAAGUUCCGGCCAACAAUGGAAAUUUUCCAAUAUUGAUUUUGAAAUCCAGCAACACCCUGACAAGGGCAACCUCACGAGCCUACAUGAUAUUGAUCACAGGCUCGAGAGUUUACAUGAUCGAAUGAACAAUUUUGAAAACGAACUAUUUCAAACCGUUGAUGCUAUUUUAAAUUUACUUGGACACAAGCCAAAAGUCACAAGAGAAAGCAUUCCAGCCAAGGUAGAGAAAACAACGAAACCAAAGGGAGCCAGGCUGAUAAAAAAUACCAGCGAACUUGACAGAAUAUUACAAAACAUGUCAUGAAUAGGUUAAACAUCAUUCUGUGAAAACCUAAAUAUUUACGAGAUCGUUUUUUCUCUGAUAAAUACGAAUGUAUGUCCACUUUGAUUAGGGUGUUUGCAUUUUUAUUUUCUUACAUUUACAAUGAUAUAUAUAUAUAACUGAAUUCGAAAUAACAUUUUCAUAUCGAUACACUUAAAUUUUGAAGGUUUGUCAUUACAUUUUUUGAAAGAGACUCUGUCUCGAAUAACAUUUAAUCAUACAACGGUUGACUCUAUUCAGACGUCAAAACAUUAACUCAUGGCUUGACUCCAUUUAGACGUCAGUUAUUAACUCAUAGAUUAACUCCACUAAGGCGUCAACUCAUUAACUCUACGCCAUUUAUGUGUGACAUAUAAAUAUUCUCAACCGAAAAGAACGCACGAUCAAGAAAACUCAAGACAACCUAAUGUUUGAUUUCCAGUCUCCGACGAGGCUUGUCCAAUUCUUAGAAGAUAGGAAAUCUUACCCGAGGGGUUUUGAUAUUUUCCAGUCUGGCAUUUUUUGCAGUGUUUUUUUUUUGUUUCGCUAGAUUAACAUUGUUACCUGCCAUUUUGUGUAACUAUGAGCAAGUCAUUAACUAAAUCAAGUAUGUCAUAUUCAUAAUCUAUGAUGUACGCAUGGUAACCAAGUCAUUAACUAACUCAAGUAUGUCAUAUUCAUAAUCUAUGAUGUACGCAUGGUAACCAAGUCAUUAACUUAAUCAAGAAUGUCAUAUUCAUAAUCUAUGAUGUACGCAUGGUAACGAAUAGAAUGUUAGUAACAAUUCAAGUUUUGUCUCAAAGACAACUGUUUAUUUACAUUAUAGAGAAUGACUGGGACAUUUGAAACUUGUAAUUAUGUUGAUCAUUGUGGUUCAGUCUAACCGUCCAAUAUGUUUUCUUUUAUAUACAUAUAAAAGCGAUAACCAAGUCAAAAGUUUUUUCUUAACCUUGGUUUCAUUCAUUUAUCAAUGUAUCAAAAGAUAUCAUGAUAUAUCUGUACAAUGUAUCAAAAGAUAUCAUGAUAUAUCUGUACAAUGUAUCAAAAGAUAUCAUUUUAUAUCUGUACAAUGUAUCAAAAGAUAUCAUGGUAUAUCUGUACAAUGUAUCAAAAGAUAUCAUGAUAUAUCUGCACAAUGUAUCAAAAGAUGUAAUGAUAUAUCUGUACAAUUACUGAUUAAUAUUGUUUAUGUUAUGUGGAUGCUAUAAUAUGUAUCAUAACGGAUAGAUAUGUUCAUAAUUGUGAAAAUAGCAAAUAAAAACAGAUAAAAAAAAAAAAUUAUUAUAACUAUUUGGAUGCUUUUCAAAAAUUAUCCGAACAAUCGCGUUUCAAAAUACUUUUUUCUUAAGUUUUUUUAAAAUUAUAAUCGGAAUAAACAUUACAAGUGUUUUACCAUGGCCAAGGAUCAAGAGGUAAAAUUGAACGAAAUUUUAUGUUUCGUAAUUGAAUGACCAAUGUUAUAUCGAGCUUUCUUCAAUUUGUAGCCGAUUUAUGUACCACUCGUUGCAGUAGUUGUAAUGGUAGUAGCUAUAUUUUGCUAAUUAUAUAUUCAUUUUUCACUAAUUUUCAUACUUUUUUCACAUUUCUCGACCAGUGUGAGAAAAAUAUUUCUCAUCUCUAGAGAAAACUUUGUUCUCAGCAAAUGAUUGGUCCAAAUUAAAUUAUGACGUCAAAUUUCUAUUGUGACGUCAUGAAAAAAGGCGACCAUGUCUGAUGACGUCACAUAUAAAGAACACAACUUUCUGCUUAUCUUUGAAAAGGAACUUCAAGGAUAAACUUUGUUUAGAUAUCGUCUAAAAAUCUUUAUAGAAACAGUUUUCACCACUAUAUCUCGUGUAUUUCUCCGCUCUCAACAGUUAAAUUUUAAAUAUUCAAAAGCGUUUUAAAUCUUAAAAUUUAACUCUCUCAAGUGGAGAAAUACCGUAACACACUUGAUGCAGUUGUGGAAUCUAUAUAAAUAGGUUCCAACCAGUUUAAGAAAUUUUUAUAAACCUCUUAUUGAUUAAUUUUGUCUCCUGUAAUUUCCCGCCAUAUACAUUCGAGACAUUAAACUCAGCAUAGACUAUGAUAUUUAUCCACUCUUUAGAAAAUUAAGUAAAUUGCCGAGAAGAGUGUUCCGAAUGAAUAUAACGGGAAACUACCCCAAAUCGAGGCCGAUGUAACUGCUGUAGAUACAAUAUAAACAAGUUUAAACUUACCAUAGAAACGAAUAUAGAGAAAUAUUUACAACGACAAAAAAAAGGUUAUCUGUAAUAAAGUCUUGCGUUUCAAUUGUAUUUAUCAAAGCGGUGAUUUUAUUUGUACAUAACAUUCCAUGAAUUAAUUUUGUAGCAAUAUUAUGUAUAUAUGUAUUCAAACA